CGAAGUGCGCGAAGAAAUGUACCACCAACUGCUGUUCGUACUCGUGGUUUCAUUCGGAUGUUCUUCAUUGGCUCAGGUCAUCUCCCUGGGACAAUGCCCGGAACAUCCGGUAGUGCAAAAUUUCAACGUGCAAGCCUACGCUGGCAAAUGGUUCGAGAUUAGCCGUUACGAAAGGACGACCCAGCGGGGAGGAGAGUGUGUCGAGGUUAACUACUCCCUUAACAGCGAUAGUUCCAUCAGUGUGGAGAAUCGCCUGUUGAUUCCACCCAGUUCAGAGUUCGAAGUGGUCACCGGUCGGUCGGUUAUCUCGUUCCCCGAUGAAGAGCCUUUGCAGGGCAUGAUGAACCUUACCUUCGGAGCAAUGCCUCCAACAUCGGUGAACUACAUGGUUCUGGACACUGACUAUACUAGUUUUACGUUUGUGUGGAGCUGCUUUGCUGUUAGCGAUACCAUUAAAGGUGAAAACUUUUGGCUUAUGUCCAGAACGGUUGAGUUACCGCAGAGCGUUCAGGGUCGGGUGGAUGAAUUGAUUGAUCUGUACCUGAAACCGGAACACAUCAGACCUACUCGGCACGAUUUGUACUACUGUGUCAACCAGAGAACAUAAAGAGGUUUGAAAUUGAAUGCCGUUGAUCAGAAUUAAAUUUACGAUUAUUCUGCAUUAUAUCCAUUCAGAAAAUAGAUGAAUGCGGACUGAGUCAUAGUUUACUGCCGUACACGUACUUUGAGUGCUAGUACAUAAAAAGUGUCUGACUAUACCUACCGAUAUGUAGCCAGUCUUUAGGAUGAUUAUUAAGUUAUCUCGGAGAAUUAGAAUUGUAUCGUAUACUAAAAACUAUAAUCAAAUAAACUUAUAUCAUAGCUGGAUUAAACUUUUUCACUAUGAGAAUUAUUAUAAUUGUAAUGUCCAUUAUUUUGCUCCGGACAAAGUAGCCGUGUUGCAUGCGAAGGGUUAAAGUAUCUCAGGAGUGAAUUGAUCGACUAGGUUUGUGUGCCCAUGGCAGGCGACGGAAAGAAGACUUCCUAACACCAUCUCUGUCCUCAUGUCGAGAACUGGAUACCUGUCGCGUUUAGAGGAUAAUGGACCUUCUCUUGCUGUGAAAACCGGAACUACGGCACAGUGAAUGUUUUUUUAUUAUUCAUUUCGUUUAUUUGAUAGGCACAAAUGCGUUAGCUUGGCGGUGCCAAAUUCUUUUGUUUAUACAUUUUGGAUAUCUUAAAACUAGGAGGUUACAAUGUUGAAAUAUUUUUUUUUUCAAAAGAAAAGAAAGUUUACAGCUAUCUUAAGACUAGAAAUAAGAUUCAAUAUACAAGAGAUGGCUAAAAGAUUUUUUUAUGAAAAA